AUGCCGCGCCUCGCUUUGCAAAUUCGAGCUCAGUUGGAAAAUGUGACUGAUCUUCGGCCUGCAGAUGAUAAUUAUACGAUAAUGGCAAAGCUAAAGUGCACUUCUUGUCAAGAAGAACAUGCAAAGCUUGUCGGAUUCUCGAAAGAUGACGAAGUCGAAAUGUCAAAAGGUCGGUCAACUUCAAAUUUAGUGAUGCACUGCCAGUCUCUCACUCACACGCCCCUUCCUCUCUCCGGCAUGAAACAGUUCUGCAAGAAGGAAAUAUCUGCAAAAUUCGAAGAACCAACAGCAAAAGCACCUCUAUGGAGACCAUAUGCGCCAUCUGCGGGUGCAACUUUCGAGACAAUCGCAAUCGUUGAAGCUCGCGGAUUGGACUUUUUGAGUAUAGACUUUUCAGGAACAUGGAAGUGCAGAUCGACGGAAUCCGACACCAAGUUUGAUGAUGUGGAAUUCGAAGAGGGAGAGUGGACAGAUUAUGACGAAAAGGGUGGCGUUUCGGUAUCCAUUAUGGAGAUAGAGUCACAAUGGGUUAGAGCAUAA